CGAUCAUCGGCUAGCCAGUGGGCAGCGCGUGUGAAAAGUUAUUGAAGCGAUCAGCUUGCCGUGGUUCGCGAUGGCUACGUAUCGCUCCGAAGUGGUAGGAUUCCUGGCACUCGUGAUCAGCUGUUGUUUUGACGCAGGUAGUGCAAGCCUUUUUCCCCACCGAACCCCCUUGCUGGACGUCGCGGACCCGUUGAUGCCGAAUGAGGAACGGAGUGUUCGUGACUGUCCAUUCACCAUUUACCCGUACGGAGGUUAUGCGCUGGCAAGUUCUAUCUUUGCCGACCGAUAUGUGGACAAAACAUACAGCCACACAGUGAGAGUUCAAACCGGAGAGACAGGCUGCGUCGGGAUCAUUGUCGACGAGAAUCAUGUUCUAACGAAAACGGAAUGUGUCGACGAGAACGAUCCGCCCGUUGUUAAGCUCACGAACGAUACCUUGGCCGCAAUCGAGGUGGCAGAAGCGUUUUCAAACCCGGACAUCAACGUAACACUGCUUCGGCUAAACUCCUCGAUCGAAUGCAACAGCCUAGCUGUCCCGGCCUGCUUCUGGGAUGUUCCAUUCGAGCAUGGCUUCGAAAAGCUUCAACACAUCUUUGCCAGCCCGAACGGUACCUUGACUAUGGAGGAAACAAAGUGCACGUUUCAAAAUCGCAAAAAAUGUCUGGAUGAGCUGCUAAAGAGUAAUUCGAUUGUUCAAACGCGUGCUAUUUCUGACUACCGUAUGCAUCCAUUCGUGCUCAGCUUUGGUCAGGACGAGACAGGCCUAUCGGUUCCGGUCUCGAAAUAUCUCGACUGGUUGGGUAGAGUAACUAAAAACAAGAUAUCCACUAGUGAAUGUGUUUCAAAGUAUAACCAGUGGCGCGAAUACGAAGAUUCGAUGGUUUCCCGGUCAGAUAACUAUCAGAGUGUGCAGUACUCAAAGGGACGGUUCUCCAGCACGAUUCUGGAUAUGUACAAAGUGCGUAUCGUUCCCAGUGGGACGCAGAAAACGUCCAAACGCCACUGCUACGGUUCCCUGAUCGGACCUAAGUUUAUCCUAACAGCAGCAAACUGUUUGAAACAUCCCAAGGGACAAACGUUCGAGGUGGAGAUGGGUCAAAUUUAUGCUUAUCCUUCGCUGAACGAGGGCAUCACUCGGGUUCGCGCCAGCAAGGUGCACUAUCACCCCGAGUUCGAUUCGGGGACAUUGGCAAACGACAUCGCUUUGCUGGAAUUGGUGAAACCUGUUCAUGAUUUAACUCCAAAAUUCAUGCCCGCCUGCAUCUGGACCCAUGACAAGUUUCCGGUUGAAGAGUUCCAAACCAACGGCUACACCCCGUUCAAUGAAACAAUCGAAAUAGAUCGCAGGACCAAACAAUGGUACGGCAUGGCCGAUUUGUACAAGGAGUGCCCCAGCAAGGUGGGACUACACAGGAUUUGUGCCGGGUUUCCCACGGCCCUAGCCCCCGGCACCUGUCACAAUAGCAUCGGAUCGGCGAUGUCUCGGUCCCUGUACACGUACGAUCGGUUCUACGAGUACAUCUUUGCCAUCAACAGCCAGGGUGAAAACUGUGGCUUCAAUUGGCCUACCGUUUUCACGCAUAUCGCACCGUACGUGCAGUGGAUCGACAGUGUGAUCUUUGCUUCGAAAGUUCGGUACGAGGACCUAACCGGCUAUUAUGGCGAUCGGUGUCAAGAUGAGAAUGGUGUAAAUGGUACUUGCGUUUCCGUGAAGCAAUGCCCCGUGCGCGAUAGGGAAGCUCAGGAGGGCAAGGUUGUAAUGCCUUCGCCGAACUGUUCACCCGGCAACCAAAUCGGUAUGGUAGUGUGCUGUUCCGACGAGAAUCUGCUGCGCGACGAAAGUCAACGGGCAGUACUUUCACAGACGCUCGACGAGCUUCAGGACUGCUCGAACCUGUACCAUGAAUUCAGACAAAAUAAGUCCCGCUUUGGAAGAGGUGACGCCAGCUUUCCAUAUGCCGUCCGCAUUUACGACGGUAACAAUGGCUCUUGUAAUGGUACGAUAGUGGCCAAACAGUUUGUCAUCACGACGGCCGGGUGCCACCGACGGUUGACCAAGGAAAAUGUCACCGUUGUAGCGGGUAAUUUCAGUUUCCAGUACGUCCCCGUCCCCGUCCAGAGUGCCUUCGUCCAUCCCGAGUACACGGACGAACCCACGCACUACAACCUGGUGCUACUCAAGCUGCAGAGACCGCUCGCGAUCGACAAUGCAACCAUCCCCGCUUGUUUGUGGAACGACCACAGCCACACUCCGUUGCGGCUGGAGGAAGUGUACGGGAGUGCAGAGUUUACCAACCAGUUCCGCUUUCCAAUGUUUACCCACGAAUGUCAGCGGAAGUUCUCAGCGAACAUGACUUCCAUGCAGUUGUGCGUACAGCAGGACAAGAUGUUCUACCAGGGCUAUAGGCAACUGAAUUUCGACGCCGGAAGUGCACUGAUAAGCCACUUUGGGCAAGCAGUACUCGGCGCCAAGAACGAAGAAAGAAAGGUUGUACCGUACCUGGUGGGCUUGUUUGGUGCUAGUAGGACGUCUGUGGUCCGAGGUGGCGAUAGCGAGGAAAAAGACUAUGUGCAGGCUUACGAUGUGUAUCAACGGAUGAGCGAGUACUACUACUGGAUCAAGAACGUGAUCGCGGUCGCUAUCCAGCAACCGUAACGGUUGCUUACUAUUGCUUUAUUGGAGCACCAAUUACUUUCUAUAGUGGAUGAUGACUACAAUAAACGGAACGAACUCACCCAAAGGUGGUCACUCCAGUGAACGUUACCAGUGCUUCUUAAUUUAGGCAAACUUAUGCCAACGUAUUCACAACGAUCAAAACUAGUCCAGUCGCCACUAGAGCAUGGGUACUCCAUGUGCGACCGGCACCGCCACCCUGUGGUUUCGGCGUAGUAGUUCCCUCGUACAUUGCGUCAGUUAACCAAGUGGUCACGGUGGGAGCGUACUUUUGCAUCCA